AUGGCCAGCAGGGAAUCCACCAUAACGUCGGUGGUCGAGCGCGGCACGACAGACUGCAAAAGCUGUGCUCGACGAAGGAUUCGUUGUGACCGUGCGAGGCCAUCUUGUCUCAAAUGUAUGAAACGAAAUAUUGAAUGCCCUGGCUACGGGCGUAAUCUUCGAUGGGUGAAUGCAGUAGCUAUUCGAGGCCGUUUCAAAGGGAUGAAAUACCCCAAGGAUUUAUCUCAAGUCAACGUACCUGCGGGAUUGUCCAAGCCAUGGGCCGAGAUCGCAGUCACAAUAGCCAAAAUCAUCCCCGGGGCCCCUAACGCCAGAGAAAUUGAACACCUGGUCUCUUACUACUCGGAAAAAAUUGCUGGGAACAUGAUUUGGGUAGACUCACCUCAGAAUCCUUACAGACGGCUUGUUGUGCCCAAAGCAAAAUCAUCACCUAUCAUUCUUUUUGCAAUUCUCGCAGUUUCUGCUGAGCAUAUGGCGGCUACCGAGCCUUUGCUUCGUACAUUCGUGCCCAAGGCCUGCGAUGUCAUCGUUUCAAGCAUUGCGCACGAACUGUCCAGAGUCACAGAGUGCUUGGGUAGUAAAGAACCACGGAACGUUCUGGAUCUGGAGACGGUAGAGUGGAUCUUGACGUCUAUGCUCAUCCUAUCCAACUAUGAGUGCAUUGGAGACACUUCUGCAACAUGGUGCUCGCAUCGCCUCGGUGCACGCCUCCUCAUCAAUAACUAUUCGGACUCCCGCGCUGAAACAAGCGAGCUGUUCAGAUUUCUGCGCGCUCAGUUUGGGAUUCACGACGUCCUAGCCUCCACCACGACAUGCUUGUACCUUGGCAUUGAUGAUGUGGUACUGCCGAAACCAGGUGACCCGGAAGCACUGCUGUCGGAGUUUAUGAGACUCAUUCACCAGCAAACAAUUUGGAUAUCAAACAAGACGCCGCAGGACAUCCCUUGUCCAGCGAUGCUACGGACCGAAUUUGAUAAGGCGCGGGGUCUCACUCUGAUGAAGGCAGCGACAUCGGCCGUUUUCGAUGACGAAUUCACUCGCUUGACCUUCAUUCACCUUGUUGACGUUCAUCAUCUAGCAGGACUACUGUAUGCAUAUCGUGGUGCAUACAAAUUCACGUCUCAGGAUGCUGAGAUAUCUCAUACCACGCUGCAACUAUUUGAGAAAUUACAAAAUUGUUCCUCCAAUGAUGCGCUGAUUCAGCACUUGACAUGGCCGGUUUUCAUUGCUGGAACUGAAUGCCACGAUUGCGAGCAGAAACAGCGUUCGAUACUCAAGUGGUACAGCGAUAUUGUCAGCAAAACUGGCUUCAGAAACUACAAUGUUGUCAUAUCUUUUUUAGAGGAGUUGUGGAAGGAUAAGUCGGAGAAUUGGCUGGAAAUGGCGAAAAGCUGGGAAAGAGAUGGCAAGCCUUUGCUGGCAGUUUAA